GAGAGAGUUCAAAAUUCAAAAGUUCCCACGCAUAUCCUUCUUCCUCAGUGAUGCUCUCCCUUGCUAAAGGCAAAAGCCCUAAGAAAAUCCAAAAUGCUGAGGCCAAAAAGGCGUAUUCAGAAAGAGCCGAGAGGAGUCAAACAGAAAAAGCUAAAAGCAUCAUCAUCUUCCUCCUUACCUCCACCUUCUUCUUCCUUACCAUCAUCGCCGUCGCUGCCGCUUUCACCGCCGCCGCCGUGGGUGGAGCUUCCGCUGGAUAUCACGGCAAAUAUUCUGCAGCGUUUGAGAACGAUAGAGAUACUGGAGAAUGCACAGCGAGUUUGUACUGCCUGGUGGAAGGCGAGCCAUGACCCCACUGUGUGGCGUGUUAUCGACUUGAGGAACCACGAUGUUGAUGCCAAAACGCCUCGAAUGUUGGAGAAUAUGUGUCGGAUUGCGGUAGAUCGUAGCCAGGGCCAAUUGCUCAAAAUUAAUAUCGAGAAUUUUGGUAGCAGAGACUUGCUCAACUACAUUGCUGAGAGAUCAAGUCAGCUCAGAUAUCUCAGAUUUGUCAAGUGUUAUUAUAUCUUAGAUGGAUGUUUGGCUGCAGCUGUUAAGAACUUCCCUUUGUUGGAGGAGUUGCACAUAUACUUCUCCGAUAUUAACAAAGAUCAUAUAGAAGUUAUUGGUCAUUCUUGCCCUCAGCUCAAGUCAUUUACAUUGAAUGCCCGUGGAUUUCGAGGAUAUCAAUACGAUGAUGAAGCUCUAGCUGUUGCCAGAAGUAUGCCUGAACUGCGACACCUUUCCCUUUUUGGAAAUGUCUUGACAAAUGAAGGCCUGCGUGCCAUUCUUCAUGGCUGUCCGCACCUUCAAUCGCUUGACUUACGCCACUGUUAUAAUAUCAAACUUAAAAGGGAUCUUAGAAGAAGAUGUAGGCAACAGAUUGUACAUCUAAAGCAUCCUCGUGAUUCCACUUAUGGCUAUGAGUUUGAUGCUCAAAUUUGUGAUUAUUCGCCUCCUGUUGGUGACUUCCCUUGGUCCUUUGAUGAUCAUUUUAAUGAGUUUGAACUUGAGUGGUGGUAAUUGCAUUUGGUAUUUUGCAGGUUUUAUUCGCUUUUUAGGUGAUCUGCCAUCCUUUUGGAACAGUAACAGGUGAAGUGUUUAUUGUUUUGAAUAAUUGUAAUUAGAAUGGCCAAAGUAAUCCUCUUUCUUUUGCAUUUGAGAGGUGACUUCUAGAUAACUUUUGCCCUUCUUUUGUUCAUACCU